ACCCUUCGCGCAUGCGCGUUCCCUCGGGUAACGAUGCACUGUGGGGAUCUAAGGGCAUAGCAACAAACCCAGACACUCACUCAACUUUAACGCCUAAAUAAAGUAUCAAUCGGCGGGUGUGUCCGCUUAUACUGCUGCCAUGAACGGGGCGGUGGUGAAGAAGACCCAGGACACGCUGGGUAAAGUCAUCAAAAAGCCUCCUCUGACCGACAAACUGCUCGGCAAGCCGCCGUUUCGAUACCUCCACGACAUCUUCAGUGAGGUGAUCCGGACCACAGGCUUCAUGAAAGGUCUGUACGUGGAGAACGACAUGAAGUCGGACAAUGUCAAGGAGAAAGACUCUAAGAUCGCCUUCCUCCAGAAGGCCAUAGACGUGGUGAUGCUGGUGAGCGGCGAGUCGCUGGCGGUUAAGCCGGCGCGCAUCGUGGCAGGACACGAGCCUGAGCGGACCAAUGAGCUGCUGCAGGCCAUCGCCAAGUGCUGCCUCAGCAAGAUGUCCAGCGAGGACGCAGUGAGGCGGGUCCUAGCCGGGGAGAAGGUUGACCCAAAGUCCAAGGCCUCCACCUCGUCCUCCCGCUCCCAGGACAAGGAGAACCGGGAAGGACGCGAGAGACAGCCCGACCGAGAGGAGAAGAGAGAAAUCCUGGAGCGGAGCGCGAGCCAGGAGCAUAAAGACCCGGAGCAGCCCAAAGAGCCAGAGGUGCGACAGGACACCAGAGAGAGACAGAGGACCCGGGAGAGGCGAGGCAAGGAGAGGGACAAGGAGAAGGAGAAGGAGCCACACAAGGAGAAGGAGAAGGAGCCACACAAGGAGAAGGAGAAGGAGAAGGAGCCACACAAGGAGAAGGAGAGAGACAGGGAGAGGGAUAAAGACAAGGAACGCCAUCGGGAAAAGGAUAGAGGCCGGGAGAACGACAGGGAGAAGGAAAGGGAACGGGAGAAAGAUCCAGAACGAGCAAAAGAUCGGGAUAAGACGAGGGACAGGGAUUCCCACCGGGAGAAAGAGCGGGACAGGCGGAGAGAGCGGGAUAAAGAGCGGGAGCGGCCCAAGGAGGGCGAGGAGAGAGGAAAAGCUCUAGAGAGAGGAGAUAGAAAGACCAAAGUGCCUGAGGACCAAAAGCCGAAGUCCCAUCCAGAAGAACCCAGCAGAGCAGCUAAAACAGCGCCAGCUGAAGAGGAUGCCCCUGAGCCAGCAGAGCUGGCAGAGGACCAGUCAGAAAGUCUGGCAAGAAUACCGCGGCCCUCGUCUGCCAAAGGACAGAGACGUAGGCCAAAGGUCACAGGUCAAGAUGAAUCUGACAGUGAAGGAGAAGGAGAAACUGCAGCAGCAGCAGCAGAGAGAGCUGGAGCCCCUCAAGAGAACGGAGACGCAUCGGACCCCCAAGCCAACACCACCCCCAGCGGCAGACAGAUCCCCCGGCCAAGCAGCGCCCGGCCGGCCCCUCCCAGGGUCAAGAGACAGGACGGCCACCCUGACGUCCCCCCGCCAGAGAGGCUGGCCAGUGCAAAGCCCCCGGCCGCUGUCAUCAUGGAGGGCAAGAAGCAGUCUGAGGACGAGGAGGACGAAGAUGAGCAAUUCCUAGUAGAGGAGGCGGCCCUCCUUCUACCCGAGAUGCCUGACCUGGAGGUGGCAAACGCAGUGGAGCUGAAUGGAGACGAGAAACACGGUGGUCUUGUGAAGAAGAUCCUGGAAACCAAAAAAGAUUAUGAAUCAUCGCCAUCGUCCCCCAAAUCCAAAGAGCAGGGCCCGGUGUCGGACGCGGCCCAGAGGAAGGCCCGUGACCUGGUGGGCCGCGAGAUGGAGCGGCUGCGGGGCUCGGUGCAGACGGUGUGCCGCAGCGCCCUGCCCUUGGGCAAGAUCAUGGACUACAUCCAGGAGGACAUGGACUCCAUGCAGGCCGAGCUGCUGGCCUGGCGCCGGGAGAACCUGCAGCACGCCGCCGCCCUGCAGGAGGAGCAGAGAACUACUGACCGGUCUGUGGAGCCCCUGCAGAAAGAGCUAGUGGAGCUGGAUCAGCUGAUCAGGGACCAGCAGGACAAGAUCUGUGCGGUCAAGUCCAACAUCCUGAGGAACGAAGAGAAGAUCCACAAAAUGGUAACGAGCAUUGGCCUCUCCUCCCGGACCUGAGAGCCCACCGGACACUAUUCAAUAAAACCACCGUCAGAACCUGGGAAGGUUUAGAACGUUCCAUUAUGUAAAACCACCUGAGGAGGCUUAGAACGUCAGAUUAUGUAAAACCACCUGAGGCUUAGAAUGUUCCAUUCAAUGAAACUACCUGAGGAGGCUUGGAACGUUCCUUUUAAUCUAACCACCUGAGGAGGCUUAGAACGUUCCAUUAUGUAAAACCACCUGAGGAGGUUUAGAACGUUCCUUUAUGUAAAACCACCUGAGGAGGUUUAGAACGUUCCAUUUGAUAAAACCACCUGAGGAGGUUUAGAACGUUCCAUUUGGUAAAACCACCUGAGGAGGUUUAGAACGUUUCAUUUAUAAAACCACCUGAGGAGGCUUAGAACGUUCUAUUAUGUAAAGCCACCUGAGGAGGUUUAAAACGUUCCAUUAUCUAAAACCAGCUGAGGAGGCUUGGAACGUUCCAUUUAAUAAAACCAUCUGAGGAGGCUCAGAACGUUCUAUUAUGUAAAACCACCUGAGGAGGUUUAGAACGUUCCAUCAUGUAAAAUCACCUGAGGAGGUUUCAAACGUUCCAUUUAAUAAAACCACCUGAGGAGGCUUAGAACGUUCCAUUAUGUAAAACCACCUGAGGAGGCUUAGAAUGUUCCAUUCAAUGAAACUACCUGAGGAGGCUUAGAAGGUUCCAUUUAAUAAAACCACCUGAGGAGGCUUAGAAAGUUCCAUUAUGUAAAACCACCUAAGGAGGUUUAAAACGUUCCAUUUAAUAAAACCACCUGAGGAGGCUUUGAACGUUUCAUUUAAUAAAACCCAUGGAGAAGAAAAGCUUAGAAAGCUUGAUUAAAUAAAGACACUUCUAAACAUGACAAGGUUUAGAUCCUUCAUUUAAUAAAACCCCCUGAAGAGGCUAAUAACGUUCCAUUAAAUAAGAACACCAGACGAGGCGUAGAACCUUUUCUUUAAUCAAAGCGGCCCAGGAUCUGACUAGGUUUAGAAUGUUUUAUUGAAUAAAACCACGUGAGGAGACUUAGAACGUUCCAUUCAAUAAAAACACCUCAGAACCUAAGCACGCUUAGAACAUUCCAUUAAAU